CGAAAACGUCAACAACGUCAAAUCGACAAUCGUCAUUCAUUUAAAAGUUUGCGCGUGUCAGAGACGGCGGUUCAUAAUAAAAUAAAUGAAUUUCGUUAAUUAAACAUAACUGCGUCUCAGUUUUAAACAGUAAACUUGAAUCAGCUCCAGCGUUUACUGGUCAAUGUUAGCUGGAAGUUGCGUUAGUUUUUUGUAAUUUGGACACGUGACGUUUAGGCUAAGUUUUAGUAAACAAGGUAGGAUGUCCGGUGGUAAAGUUUUGGUGAUCGGCGGCGGUGGUCGGGAACAUGCGUUAUGCUGGAAGCUGGCUGACUCCCCGUUUGUGGCGCAAGUGUAUGCGGCGCCCGGCAGCGUCGGCAUCGCCACCACCAGCAAAGUGGAAUGCGUCGAUCUCAACAUUAAAGAUUAUCCCGCCAUAGCAAAAUGGUGCAAAGACAACGAAAUAGACUACGUAGUGAUUGGUCCCGAGGAUCCUUUAGCCAAUGGCAUCGUGGACAACCUCGCUCCCUUCGGCAUCAAGUGUUUUGGCCCCACCAAGGCUGGAGCCAGGAUAGAGGCCGACAAGGACUGGUCCAAGACCUUCAUGAACAAGUACCAGAUCCCUACCGCGAGGCACAAGUCCUUCACCGAUGCUGUUGCUGCUAAGGAGUUUAUUAAUACUGCUCCCUUCCCAGCCUUAGUAGUGAAGGCAUCAGGUCUCGCCGCUGGCAAGGGUGUGGUAGUGGCCACUACCAAGGAGGAGGCUUGCCAAGCUGUUGACGAGAUCCUCACUGACGCGAAAUACGGUUCAGCUGGACAGACUGUCGUUAUUGAAGAGCUGCUCGAGGGUGAUGAGGUUUCGGUGCUGGCCUUCACAGAUGGAGAAACAGUCUCCAUGAUGCCCCCAGCUCAAGACCACAAGCGGGUCGGUGACGGCGACACAGGGCCUAACACCGGGGGUAUGGGAGCUUACUGCCCAUGUCCCCUCAUCACCCCCGACCAGCUCCUGGAUGUAAAGGAACAGGUCUUGCAGAGGGCAGUCGAUGGGCUGAAGGCUGAGGGCAUUAAAUAUGUUGGUGUCCUAUACGCCGGCAUGAUGGUGACCAAGUCUGGGCCCAUGACCCUGGAGUUCAACUGCCGCUUCGGUGACCCAGAGACACAGGUGCUCAUGACAUUGCUCGAGACGGACUUGUACAAAGUUAUGAAGGCAUGUGUAGAGGGCACUCUGAAGCAGAUCCAAGUGACAUGGAACACCAAGCUAUCUUCUGUUGGUGUCGUCAUUGCUUCCAAAGGAUACCCUGAGACUUCCACCAAGGGCUGUGUUAUCAGUGGACUAACACAAGUCCAGUCCACCCCCGGCAUGGUGGUGUUCCACAGCGGGGUAGCCCGCGGUGCCAACGGCUCCCUAGUAACUUGGGGAGGCCGAGUUCUCCUUGUGUGUGCCCGCGCCGCGUCUCUAAGAGCGGCGGCGGCGGCGGCCACGGCCGGGGCUGCGUUGGUGGACUUCCCUGGAGCACAUUAUAGGAAGGAUAUUGCGCAUCGGGCUUUUACCAAGAUCAACGGCCUAUCCUACCUUCAAAGCGGCGUCGACAUAGACGCAGCAGCUACCCUCGUCCGGGAAAUCGAACCCAUCGCUACCGCCACACACCGCCGCGGAGUCCUGGGCAGGCUCGGGUGUUACAGUGGACUGUUCCAACUGUCCGCCAUGGACCCCAGUCUCAAGGACCCCGUGUUAGUGCAGGGGACUGAUGGCGUUGGGACUAAGUUGAAGAUCGCAGAACUCAUGCACAAAUACGACACGUUAGGCCAGGACCUGGUGGCCAUGUGUGUGAACGAUAUCCUGUGUGCUGGAGCCGAGCCCUUCGCGUUCCUGGACUACAUGGCAUGCGGCCGCCUGCAGGUGGACGUGGCCACCACCAUCGUCAGGGGGAUCGCUGACGCCUGCAUCAUGUCUGGCUGUGCACUGUUGGGCGGAGAAACAGCAGAAAUGCCUUCAAUGUACGAGAUCGGCAAAUACGACCUCGCCGGCUUCGCAGUAGGAGUCGUGGACAACUUGAAACAGUUGCCUCGCUCCAAGGAGAUCAGGGCGGGAGACAUAGUGCUGGCACUGCCGUCUACUGGCGUACAUAGUAACGGGUACAGCUUGGUGCAGAAGAUCAUGUUGGAGACUGGACACAGAUACCAGGAUCCAGCAGCCUUCAGCACCACAAACAAGAGCUACGGAGAAGAAUUCCUCGCUCCCACCGGUAUCUACGUCCAUGCCUUACUCCCGGCUAUCAAGAAGCAGUUAAUCAAAGGCCUAGCCCACAUCACUGGAGGUGGACUGCUGGAGAACAUUCCUAGAAUACUGCCACCGGGGAUAAGAGUUAGAAUGGAUGCUACUAAGUUCAAUAUUAAGCCGGUGUUUGGGUGGCUGCAGGCUAAGGGUGUAGUAUCAGACUUCGAGAUGCUCCGCACGUUCAACUGCGGCGUGGGCAUGGUGGUGAUCGUAGACCCCGUCUGUGUGAAGGAACUGCUGGAGCUGGUCGAUGGAGAGAUCGCUAUUGUGGGUGCUGUGGAGCAGAUUGGGAAGGAAGGUGGUCACCAAGUGGUAGUGGAAAACUUCAAAGAAGCAAUGCAUCCGCUAACAUCGCCGUACGUGACUGGAGACCGGACUUCCCCUCAGAAGUCGCUGUCAUACAAAGACAGUGGCGUAGAUAUUGAAGCCGGCGACUCUCUCGUGUCGUUAAUCAAGCCUUUGGCUAGGUCUACAUCACGGUCGGGAGUGCUGGGUGGUCUGGGCGGUUUCGGCGGCUGCUUCCAACUCAAAGCUGUUGAACAGGAAUACAAGGACCCAGUGCUAGUCCUAGCCGCCGACGGAGUAGGCACAAAACUGAAAAUAGCUCAGAAAAUAAACCAGCACGGUACCAUAGGCAUAGACCUCGUGGCCAUGUGCGUGAACGACAUCCUGUGCAACGGCGCGGCGCCGCUGACGUUCCUGGACUACUUCGCUUGUGGGUCGCUGGAUGUGAAUGUAGCGAGGAAUGUGGUGUCCGGCGUCGCUGAGGGGUGUAGGCAGAGCUCUGCUGCUUUGAUUGGCGGUGAGACAGCGGAGAUGCCGGGCAUGUACGAGCCGGGAGUGUACGACAUCGCGGGCUUCGCACUCGGCGUUGUUGAGCGAUCACAUAUACUUCCCAAGAUUAAUGAUAUCGCGGUCGGCGACAUAAUCAUCGGUCUACCUUCCAACGGUGUGCACAGCAACGGCUUCAGCCUCAUACACAAGCUGAUGAAGAAGACAGGACUAACGCUCAAAGAUAGAGCACCUUUCAGCAAAGAGGGAUUGACACUUGGCGAAGAACUAAUAAAGCCGACCCGCAUCUACGUGAAAUCCGUCCUACCAGCACUACGCAGCGGUCGGGUGAAGGCAGUAGCACACAUUACCGGCGGCGGCUUGUUGGAGAACAUCCCAAGAGUUAUACCUGAUGCUGUACGAGCCAGGCUUAAUGCUCACUGGUGGCAUGUACACCCGGUGUUCUCAUGGAUCGCGGACGCGGGUUCAGUACAAGACGAGGAGAUGUUGAGAACAUUCAACUGUGGUAUCGGCAUGGUGCUCGUAGUUUCACCCGAAGAUCAGGCUGAGGUGAUGAACACGACCCGCGCGUUCGGCGCGAUGGUGAUCGGCAGCAUACAGAAGCGGCCCGUCGGCGGACAGCGCGUCGUCGUCGACAACUUCGCCUCCGCCAUGGACUUCACCAGGCGGAUGCCGCUGCUGCCUAAGAAGAAGGUGGCAGUACUAGUAUCAGGCAACGGCAGCAACCUCCAAGCUCUACUAGACACAACCCGGGAGGCAGCACAGUGCAUGUGUGCAGACAUCAACCUCGUCAUCUCCAACAAGAAGGAUGCUUAUGCCUUACAACGAGCUCAGAAGGCCGGAGUACCUUCCCUGGUAUUCAAUCACAAAGACUACGCGUCACGGGAAGACUUCGACCGCGCGGUUUCCGAAGCACUAGAGGCACACAAAAUCGACAUCGUUUGUCUUGCUGGAUACAUGAGAAUUCUGUCUGCUGAGUUUGUUAAAAAAUGGCACGGUCGUCUGCUGAAUAUCCACCCGUCGCUGCUGCCGCGUCACCCCGGCCUCAACGCGCAGAAACAGUGUCUCGACGCCGGGGACAAGGAGAGCGGCUGUACAGUGCAUUUUGUUGAUGAGGGCAUGGACACAGGUGCAAUAAUUCUCCAAGAACGAGUCCCAGUUCUCCAAAAGGACACCGUAGAAACUCUAACCGACCGCAUCCACGAGGCCGAGCACCGCGCAUACCCGCGGGCGCUGCGCCUCGUCACCACCGGCCGCGUGCGGCUUAACCAGCAUGGCACACUUAUGUGGUACUCUUAGGAACUGGAUCUUGGAAGAUACAUAGGCAAUGCACCCACAAAAAGCAAUAAAAAUGUUAAGUACACUAUUAAAAGAUGAUUUAUAAGUGAUAUAAGAACAAUGUAGCUCAAUAUGAAACCUUUUCCAUAUUCUAGCUUGAACUUUUAUUUCCCUGUGCUUUUAUGUAUCAAAAAAUGUCAAAUCACCUAUUUUCUAACGGCCAGUUUCUUCAUCAAAAGUUAAAGUAAUGUCUAAAGUAAAAGUAACGGUCAAAUUCGUUUUUUCAAGGCUAAAGUGACAGCAAAAUUCAUAGAAAAAUUGAAUUUAACCGUUACUUUAACUUUAGACAUUACUUUGACUUUUACUUUGGCUUUAACUUUUGAUGAAGAAACUGGCUGUAAAUAUACUAAAAAUAUACUAAACUUUCAUAAUAGUUUUGUUUGAAGGAAAGUAGCACAUUCAAGCUUCAAAAUAUGGCAACACUCCUCGGCAUAUUCCUCGAAUGUCAGUAAAAGUAUGAAACAUGGCAAUACCGUGAGUUCUAAACAACGAGUGUUGCCAUAUUUUGAAGCUUGAAUGUGCUACUUUCCUUCCAUAAAAACUAUUAUGAAAGUUUAGUAUAAGAAACUUAGGUAUCUAUGAAAUAACUCGAAUACUAUGAAACUAUAGACUUGAACUUUUAAUCUCAAUGUUAUGGGACCAAAUUAUAUGUUGUAUGUAAUAUCUAUAUACACAUGUUAUACAUUCCUAUUGUUUAGGAAUUUCAUUGAAUUUUUAUUAUUAAAAAAAUAUUUACUUCCAAAAUAUUCAUUUGUCUAAAAAAGGUUGUUAUGAAAAAGAUUAAUAUAGUCUAAAAAACUCGAAUUUGAUAUUAAUUUGUAUAUAAGAAUAAAGCUAUCACAUUAGAUAAGAAUAUUAUAUUGCCCUGUUAGGCACAGUUUUGAUUGAACAAAUUUUAUAAAAAAUAUGCUAAAUUGCUCAAAAACACUUAGGUGUGUAAUAAAGAAAAUUUUAAAGUUUACUGUUAAAAAAUCAUGUUUUUUACGAGAAUUGUUAAGAUAAACUAUAGAUUGUUAUUUCAAAGGCAGUACUAAUAAGAAUAAUUCAAAAUGCAUGUUUAUAAAUGCCAUUUUAAAUAUAAGUAUGUUAAGUUUUACAGUGUGUUUGAAAUAAAACUUUUUUGUAUAUA